CUCCCAGUCUGUCCACCCUGAAGCUCACUGUCCGACUCCCUCAGCGCCCUGUGAGUCCUCCUCUGGCGUUCACCACAGCCUUCACACUGAAGAGAUGCUAUCACUUCUCUGCUGCUCUCUCGUGCUCAUCUUUGCUCAGCAGCCCACCAGUGAUGCUCAGAGGAACGGGCAACAGCCGGCUCCCAGAGGAGGACGGGAGCCGGCCGAAAGGCAGCAGUUCUGCCAGUGGCCUUGCAAGUGUGCUGAGAGGAAGUACUGUGCCCCGGGAGUGAGCUCCGUCCUUGACGGCUGCGGCUGCUGCAAAAGCUGUGCGCGGCAGAUAGGGGAGCGCUGCAAUGAGAGGGAUGUGUGUGACCCACACAAGGGCAUGUACUGUGACUUCUCAGCAGACAAGCCUAGAUAUGAGGUUGGAGUGUGUGCAUACAUGAUGGCGGUUGGCUGUGACCUGAAUGGGCUCCACUAUGAGAACGGGGAAACCUUCCAGCCCAGCCCCCUCUAUAAGUGCACAUGCAUCGCCGGAGCCAUCGGCUGCACGCCUGCUUUCAUCCAGAAGCCUGCUGGCCUGCUGGGCCCCGUGCCGCUGAUGGGCAACAGACCGGCCGGCCUCCGCAACGGCCCAAACCCCGGCAAACACCAGCAGGAGACCACAUACAUGACAGCUUGGAAGAAGAGCUGUCUGGUCCAGACGACCCCCUGGAGCCCCUGCUCCAACACCUGUGGACUGGGCAUCUCCGUCCGCGUCAACAACGACAACGCAAAAUGUGAGAUGAGGAAAGAUCGGCGCCUGUGUCUGCUGCGGCCUUGUGAAAAAAAUCUGCUGAAGAGCAUCAAGGUGCCAAAGGGGAAGACGUGCAGACCAAAGUUCCAGGCGAAGAAGGCAGAGAAACUGCGCCUGUCAGGCUGCACCAGCACCAAGAAGUUCAGACCCACGUACUGUGGUGUUUGCAAGGAUAAACGCUGCUGUGUCCCCAACAAGUCCCACAUGAUCAAAGUGAACUUCACCUGCAAAACUGGCUCCAGCGUUCAGUGGAAGAUGCAAUGGAUCUCGUCCUGCGUGUGCCAGAAGAAGUGCACGGAUCCAGGAGACAUGUUUUCUGACCUGCAGUUACUUUAAAAAGCCCCAGAGACGAUCAGCCCGAAGACAUUCUACAAGAACGAAAACAAAAGAAAUAAAAAAUGUUUGAAAUCAGUCAUCAAAUGAAGGAAAAAAUGUUAUGUUGAAAGAUUUUAUGAGCUCUGUCUUUAAGACAGGUGUGUGCAAUAGGAGGGAGAGGCAGAUGUAAAGCUGGAACUCCAACAGGAGAUGAAUAAAACUCUGUGGCUUCAUGACUGAACCCAACUGCUUGUUGACCUGAUUUUCAGCUUCCCAGUUUCAACUUCUGAACUUCCUUUACUCUCAAUUUUACUUUCUAUUUAAUGUAAUAUGCGUCUAAAUCUCAGGCAGAAUUUAGUGAAUUUAGCAACAAAAUUUCCUUUUGGGAUGAAAAAAAAAGUUCUGAUUCUGAUUCCUCAAACCCAGGAAGAGGUUUAAACGCCUCUUUAACCAGAUUCAUGAUAUAAAGUGAUAUUUGGAUUUUUUGAACAAUAAUGGUCCUGAUAACCCAUGACUCACUGAAACAAUAUUUCUGUUCUUUUCAGGUGAAACGGUCACAUGUAGAGGCAUUAAAAUGUCUCCAGGUGAUUUAUAAGCUGGCAGGUGGAGUUCAGAUGAGCAAUAUGAGCGACAUUAAGCCUUUCAUCAGGCUCUUUAUUUAAGAAAUUGUAGUAAAAAUGUUUUGGGGCAUGUCAUGUAUAGAAAAUAUCUUGCAAUAUCUUGACAUUUGCAUUUGUAAGCUCAACCAAAUAAAUGUUUCAGAUGUCCUUA